AUGAAGCACAGCGUGGACCACCGGCAGGCGCCGGCGCCAGGGAUCGGCGCACGGAGCGCACACCCGCCCCCUGCCUUUGCGCAGGCCGUCUCGACGUCGGCGCUCGAGGCGAUCGUCGCUCCGAUCGCCGUGCCGCGCUCGGCAUCCGCCGCGCACUUCCAGACGUGGGGGCGCGUGUACCACUCGGAUGCCUCGACGCACGACGGCGCCUUUUCGCAUACCGAGCGCCGGGUCUUUUUGCCAAACUCGGUCGAACAGGUCGUUGCUAUCCUUGAGCUGGCGCGCAGGGGCGGGAGUGAUGGCACAGAGCCGAUUUCUGUGCGUGCCAUCGGACGCGUGCACAGCCCGAGCGACCUGCCUUUUUCGCUCGGCUGGAGCAUCCGCAUGGACGAGCUGCAAGGCGUCGUCCAGGUCGAUGCAGACGCGCUCACUGUGACUGUGCUCGGCGGGACGUACCUCGAAACGAUCAACAAGCUCCUCGCGGCGCACGACCCGCCGCUCGGCAUGCACAACCUCGGCUCGAUUUCCGAGCAGACCAUUGCGGGCGCCAUCUCUACGGCGACUCACGGAUCGGGUAUCCACUUUCCGGUGCUCUCGGCAAACGUGCGCCAGAUGGAGCUGGUGUGUGCGCUGCCAAACGGCACCACGGUCGUGACGUGCAGCCGCACAGAACGCCCGGACCUCUUUAACGCGACGCUGUGUGGCCUCGGCGCGACGGGUAUCAUUGUCUCGGUCACGCUCUCGGUCGAGCACGCGUUCCGUCUCGAGCAGGUGACCGAAGAUGCGCCGCUCGACCUUCUCCUCGGCCCCGCCCCAGCGCGCCUCUCACUCCAGCCGGAAAUCCUCGCGCGCGAGGCGUACUCGACCUUUACCAAGAACCCCGCGGCGCUCGGCGUGCUGCUCGCCGCCGGCGUGCCACUGCCGCCAGCCCCGCACUAUGUGCCCCCGCCCAAGUCACGGGCCGCUAGCGAGGUCUAUCCUUUUACGCCCGUCGACCAAAUCCCGGUGCAGCCCGUGGACUGGAAUACAGGCGUCGAGACGCAGCGUGUGCAGCGCCGCAUCGAGGAGCUGGUCAACUCUGCAGAGCAUGUGCGCCUUCUCAUCUUUCCCCAGGCCGAGAUGGCGACGAUCAGCCGCGCGCGGCGCACGGACAAGCCGGCUGAGCCACAGAGCGCCGCACAGGCGAUCUACUUCCGUGCGGUGCACUACCACCUGACGCAAGCGCUGCUCUUUGGUGCGCGCUUCCACCACACGCUUCCUCCGCGCGUCGCGCGUGCCGUGUACCGCCUGACCCAUCCGCGCCCCCCCGCGGAGCCGCGCGAGUCCGGAAGUGCGCCGCCGGUGCCUGGCAUUGAGCCGCUCUCGACGUCCUCUGCACUGUCGGUGCGCGUCGACGAUGCACCGAAAGUAUUCAACUUUGACUGCCUCUUUCCGCAGUACACCUACGAGUACGCCAUCCCGUACGAGUACGCCGGCGCGGCGCUCUGUGCGCUGCGCACCUGGCUUGACGAGGAGCACGCGCGUGAAGACGGCGUGCGUCCCCACUUUCCGGUCGAGGUGCGCUUUGUCGAUGCGGACGGCAUCUGGCUGAGCCACUGCUACGGCCGCAAAACGUGCUUCAUUGGUGUAAUCCAGUUCCGGCCGUACGACCUGCCGACCAGCUACCGAGUGCUGUUCCAGCGCUUCGAGGCGCUGAUGCGCCAAUUUGACGGGCGCCCCCACUGGGCCAAGACGCACACAUCGUACCGCGCCGAGCUCAAGGAGCGCUACCCCCACCUCGACGACUGGCUCGCGGUGCAGGCCGCGUACGACCCCGAGCGCAUGCUUGUCAACCCCUAUGUCGCGCGCCACCUGCUGGACGAGCACGGAGCGGGCCGCCGUAGCGUCUUCCGCAAGAGCCGCAUGUAG